UUUGAGCAGUGCGACUCGCUCCGCAGUUCGUCGAGGUGGAGUCGAGCUGAUGGCGGCGAUGAUGGCGGUGGUGGUGGCGGUGGUGGCUCUAGGGAGCAACUUGUGUGCGCUGCUGCUCGUGGUGGAUACGGCGUCAGCCCAGCAGCAGCAGGUACAGCUGUGGGCGCGCCCGGGCGAUAAGGCGACCCUGCCGUGCGGUGGGGGGCUCGGGGAGGGGCCCCCCCCCUUCCUCACCCAGUGGAGACGCCAGGGCGCGGACGGAAGCUGGAGCGUGAUCGCGGCCCGCACCCCGAGCGCCUCCACCCGUCCCCCCCGCGGCUUCUCGUGGGGUCAAGGCGGCUCCAUGGAGCUGCUCGCCGUGGAGGCGGCGAGAGACGCGGGCAGCUACUUGUGCUUCGUCUUGUCCCGCGCAGACUCCAUCCCCGUGGAGACGGGCAGCAGCCUCUCCGUGUUUGAGUACCCCACCCGCCCCUCGUGUGCCACGCUCAAGCGGGAAGACGGCGAGGAAGUGGCGGCAGCGAUGGAGGUCACCCUGGAGUGCAGAGGCUCCACCGGGAACCCCCCCGUCUCCUACUCGUGGCAGCGUACAAAUGGGGGUGAAGAGCCGUACACUUGUAAACCAGGAUCGAGCGUUUGCGAGCGGUCCGUCUCACCUGCGGAUCGUAACUCCACCUACAUGUGCACGGCGCGGAACCCGGUGGGAGCCGAGUUCUGCCACGUCAUGGUGCACGCCGCGUCCCGGCCAGAGAAAGAGAUCGAGAGGAACAUGUUCAUCAUCGUGGUGGCGGUGCUGGCAUUCCUGCUGAUCGUGGCGAUCGUCCUCUUGGCGACACUGCGGUGGCGCGGAGGCCAGGCCGCGAAAUGCUGAGCCCGGCGCCGGGACUCCACCACGUGGCCCUCCACCACGCGGACAGACAGACAGACGAUCGACCAUUGGGCCCUCCACCACGCGGACAGACAGACGAUCGACCAUUGGGCCCUCCACCACGCGGACAGACAGACAGACGAUCGACCAUUGGGCCCUCCACCACGCGGACAGACAGACGAUCGACCAUUGGGCCCUCCACCACGCAUACAGACAGACAGACGAUCGACCAUUGGGCCCUCCACCACGCGGACAGACAGACAGACGAUCGACCAUUGGGCCCUCCACCACGCGGACAGACAGACAGACGAUCGACCAUUGGGCCCUCCACCACGCGGACAGACAGACAGACGAUCGACCAUUGGGCCCUCCACCACGCAGACAGACAGACGAUCGACCAUUGGGUCCUCCACCACGCGGACAGACAGACAGACGAUCGACCAUUGGGCCCUCCACCACGCGGACAGACAGACGAUCGACCAUUGGUCCGGCGAGAGAAAAAGAAUCCGAAUUAAAAGUUCGGGCAAUCGUCCGUGACGAGGCGCCACGGCGACGAGACCACGUGACCUGCUGUGGAUUUGCAGUUUGCGUCUCUCUCUCUCUCUCUCUCCCCGUGGGUGCGUGGAUUGUUCUCCGGGUCCUUCGGGGUUCCCUCCACAUUUAGGAGCGUGCGCUUAGAGUGUUUGACUGCGAUGUACUUCCACGUGACCAUAAGCCGCUUCGUUGAGCGAUCACGUGACCAGGUGGCUUCUGAGAACGAGCUCCAGAGCUCAGUGGGUCUUACCAGGUGAAAUAAAACUCUUAAAGAAAUGUUCGUGACUUACGCUAAACCAGAACACAGCCGGGCACAUCGCGGUGAUUGACAGAACUCGCACUGCGUCUCACACACUCGCAGGGCGACGCGCGGGUUCGUCCUGUUUGUUUUAUAGAUUAUUAAAGUGCCGUUUGCUUGAA